GCUAACCAAGCUCUCAUAUCCUGAUUACAACCCACCUCCCCGUUGAGUUUUAAUAUGUAAAAAAUAAACUACUCAUAUCCUUUUUUAAACCCCACUCAUAUCCCAUUCCCUCGAACCGAACACGGGUUCAAUUCUAUCCUAAUCAUCAUAUCCAAACGCCACCUUAGGGUUUUGAUUCCUAAACGCUUCCCAAGCUGCCAUGAUGCAGCCGCCGCCGCAGCAAUGGGCAAUGGCGCCGCAGCCCCCGACGCAGUACUACCAGGCGGGGCCUCCCCUGCCGCCGCCACCGCAGUACUACCAGGCGGGGCCUCCACCGGCCGCUAUGUGGGGCCAGCCGCCGCUUCAGGCGGCACCGGCGCCGGCGCCGGCGCCGGCACUGUCCAGCGGCGGGGCAGGGGACGAGGCGAGGACCCUAUGGAUCGGGGAUCUGCAGUACUGGAUGGACGAGAACUACCUCUACAGCUGCUUCUCCCAGGCCGGCGAGGUUGUUUCAGCGAAGAUAAUUCGGAACAAGCAGACUGGGCAACCUGAAGGUUAUGGUUUCAUUGAAUUUAGCAGUCAUGGUUUAGCUGAACAAGUUCUCCAGAAUUAUAAUGGCCAAAUGAUGCCUAACGGUAAUCAAGCUUUCAAAUUGAAUUGGGCUACAAGUGGGGCUGGUGAGAAACAUGGAGAUGAUGGUUCAGAUUAUACUAUAUUUGUUGGGGACCUGGCCUUGGAUGUUACAGAUUUCAUUCUACAAGAUACGUUCAGGAGCCAUUAUCCAUCAGUUAAGGGUGCAAAAGUUGUAUUUGACAGAACCACUGGUCGUUCAAAAGGCUAUGGAUUUGUUAAGUUUGGAGAUUUGGAUGAACAAACACGUGCAAUGACUGAAAUGAAUGGACAAUACUGUUCUAGCAGACCUAUGCGCCUUGGACCAGCAUCCAAUUCCAACAAGAGGAACGCUGCUGGACAGCCACAAGCUCCAAAUGUUGCAUACCAGAAUGCACAAGGAACUGAUCCUGAUAACGAUCCAAAUAAUACUACUGUAUUUGUUGGUGGCCUUGACCCAAGUGUGACUGAUGAGCUUCUGAAGCAAACCUUCAGUCCAUAUGGAGAGAUUGUCUAUGUCAAGAUACCUGUAGGAAAGCGUUGCGGGUUUGUCCAAUAUUCCAACAGGGCAUCGGCGGAGGAGGCCAUAAGGAUGCUAAAUGGAAGCCAGUUAGGAGGCCAGAGCGUGAGGCUGUCAUGGGGUCGUAGCCCUGCAAACAAGCAGCCUCAGCAGGACCAGAAUCAAUGGAGUUGUGGCUACUAUAGGUACCCCCAAGGAUAUGAUCCAUAUGGUUAUGCUCGGCCUCCUCAAGAUCCUGUCAUGUAUGCUUAUACAGCAUAUCCAGGAUAUGGAAAUUACCAGCAGCAACCACAACAGCAGCCCCCACAACAGUAAGGAUACUGUUCGUCGCAAACUGUUGACGAGAUAGUUAGCACAGCAACUUAGGUGCAUUGGCAGGAACAAUUUUGAUACUGUUGCUUGUGUUAUCUUGCUUCAACGUCCUUGUACUCGCAGUCUGUGUUGUAACUUAGAUAUUUCUGAGGCCUAGAGUGACAAUAGUGUGGCAGCUGUAUGCGGAGGAUUGGAGUGAACAUUGUUGUUGUUGCAAGUUUUGUCGCAUGUAGUUUUGCUAUAUGUCAUGGGUGCCAUAUGAAAUCGAGCCAUCGCUUUGUGAAACCGAACCUCGUUUUUUUCA